UUAUUAAAAUGACUGAUGAGCCUGUAUUGAAAAGGAAAGCUAUUCAAGUGGAUAUAAAGAGCAGUUUAGAUUUUGAAAGUUUUACUGUAAUAAAAGUUCUUUCAAAUGAUGCAAAGUCAAAAAAAAUACAUGUUCAUGGUCGGUUUAAGAAUUCUGAGGAUGAUACCAUUGUAUCAUUUGAAAAAACACCUUUUUCUGAAGACUCUAUCCAAAAUAUAUUAACUUCUGAAACUGUAACUAAUGAAGUGUUUUCAAAUGAUAUAUACAGUCAGCAUACAGCUAUGCCACAGCCUUAUCACAACACAUUAACCACUCAGGUUAUAAAACCUGCAACAUUACAUCAUAUAAAGAAAUAUACUUACCAAAAGUUAAAAGUUGUUGAAGAAACUCCUGAUAGUUACAAAAAAAUCACUCUUCCAUAUAUUAUGGAAAAUUCUAUGCGAGUUGAAUGGGUGUAUAAUAUCCUUGAUCAUAAAUCUGAAACUGAACGUAUUAUUUAUGAGGACUCCGAUCCUGAAAACGGUUUUGUUCUUUUACCUGAUAUAAAAUGGGAUGGAAAACAAGUUGAAAAUUUAUAUGUGUGUGCUAUCAUUCGUAAUCGUAACAUUAAGUCUAUACGUGAUUUAAAUGAAAAGCAUUUACCUUUGUUAAAAAACUUGCUUAGGAAGGGUUUGGAUGAAAUUGUUAAAAAAUAUGGUAUAUCUUCCGAUGAGAUUCGUUCGUAUUUUCACUACUAUCCAUCUUAUUAUCAUCUUCACGUUCAUUAUAACCACUUGCAAGCUGAUGUUGGAGGAACAUCUGCUGAAAAAGCACAUCUUUUAAGUGAUGUCAUUGAUAACAUUGAAAAUAUUUCUAAUGAUUACUACCAAAAGAAAACUUUAACUGUACUUUUAAGAGAACAAGAUCCAUUGUAUUCUUUAUUAUCAGAGAAAGUGUAAUAUUAAACAUUUUUAAA